CAAACAACCAUCUGGCAGUCUGCAGUGCAGUGUAAAUUCAUUGCAAACGGCCUGACAACAUGCCGGCCAACCAGAUACAAUACUCCGAGAAGUAUUAUGAUGAAAUCUAUGAGUACAGGCACGUAGUCUUGCCACAGGACCUAGCGAAGUUGCUGCCCAAGGGAGUGCUUCUGUCUGAGAAUGAGUGGAGGCAAAUUGGCGUGCAGCAGAGCCGUGGCUGGGUGCACUAUGCUAUCCACCGCCCUGAGCCUCACAUCAUGCUGUUCAGGAGGCCUGUCAACUACCAGCAAAAGGUAGCAGCAGCUCAAGCAGCGCAGCAGGCGCAAAUGCAGGCCCAGCAGCAGAGGGUGGUGGCGUAAUUGUGGGCUACAUAGAGAACCAAGUAGGAUUCUCACUGAUGCCGUGCUUAUCCUGACACAGAAGGCUUCAAGAGCUUGUUGGUCAAGAACUCUCAAGGAACGAACAUGAACCCUGUUCAAGAUUGCACCUCAAAACAUGAUAGGAGCGUGACAGAGGGGCAUCUUAGCAAACAGCAAUGUUUCGUCCAAAUUGAAUGUAUGCUACUGUAGCGCGAGAAGUCGUCUUGAUUUGAAUUGUCUCCGGUAGGAUCGUAGCUUCUGUCAGGUUCUGGAUGCUGCUAUGACACUGGAUACUAUGCACUGUGUCCGUCACACAGGUCACAGGCCGAGGAUUCCUUGCCACUUUGCAAAUGGUCAAGUGGCUGUAUAUAGCUUCAGUGUGCGUGAUCUGCCGCAUGGCAGAUGUCAUGGACAGACCUGGGAGUCACAUUGUGGUGCACCACGUGAUGAGCAACAGUUUCUGUCAUCUAUGAUGUAAAGACGACGUGAUCAGC